CAGGGGGCGUUGGGCGAUACCAGGAGGAGCCUUGGACCGACUGCUUCCUGUUCGGCGGUAAAGCGUGCGUUGUGGGAUUGUGAGCUACGGACGUUACUGUGACGAAAAGCUAGCAAACAUCUACUUUGCAGCUUCAAAUACACAUUUAGUUAAACCAAAAUGAGUUUACCCCUGAACCCCAAACCUUUUCUCAACGGCCUGACGGGCAAACCGGUGAUGGUGAAACUGAAGUGGGGUAUGGAGUACAAGGGCUACCUGGUGUCUGUCGACGGCUACAUGAACAUGCAGCUGGCAAACACAGAAGAGUAUGUGGAUGGAGCGUUGGCAGGUCAUCUUGGGGAGGUGCUCAUUAGAUGCAAUAACGUUUUGUACAUCAGAGGCGUAGAAGAAGAGGAAGAAGACGGAGAAAUGAGGGAGUAACACCAGUAAAGAGAACCCACCCCGAUGCUCUGUUAGUGUGACUGUACCUUGUAGUUGAUUAAUGUGUGUAUGUGUUUUCACCAUGUGAUAACUUUGAUUUUGGAUUAUUUUUGGAAAUGAUUCCUUUCUUUUCUACUGUGCAAGGCCGAUUUGUGUUUUGGAAACAUUAAAACGAUAAUUGUACUCUUUCUUAAA